CUGCGAUUGGUUUUUCCAGUCUUUCCCGAUCUGCCGCCUUCCAGAUAAAUCUCGCUCGCCCGAUACGCCAUAGGAUUGAGAGAAACCGUUGCGGUUGGCACUCUAAACCAAUAUUCAAGAUGAAUCCAAUCGCCGCUCUCUUUGCGAUUUUCGCCUUGAUGUUUACGACGACUACAGCGAUACCAAGCUGUCCCCAAUGGUUUGAAAAAGACGAAGGCUUGUAUGGGGUUUGCUUGUCCCCACAAGCCCUCUCUUACGACGAAGGAUGGAGUUAUUGCUGUGGACUGCACGCCAGCCUGUGCAGUCUGGCUCAGCUGGACGAGCUCUACCAGUUGGGCGCGAGAGACACUCACUGGGGCCUCAUCAAUGACGAAUCGAGGGACGCGCGCCUCACGUCCUGCGGGAAAUACCUGCACAGACCCGGCGAGUGCUACGACAACAACUUCCCCAACACCCCGAGGCCGGCUCCACGGAACGAGGUGUACUGCUGUAAGAUGACCAAAUAAAAAUGCCUUAUCGAUACGGUGUCGGUAACAGUGUCUUUACGGCAACUACGCGGCAAGGGGAAUUUUGAAAACCUAUUUAUUGGGUCAGCGGGUGUAGCAGUUUAGAUGAAUUGAUAUGACAAUGUAUUCUGUCAGUCUUUUUGAGGUUUAGAUUUUUUUAAUCGAGGAAUUAACAAGGAAGGUUCAGAAACAAUGGACGCAUAAACCCAGGAGUGGUCAUGCAAUGAAGUGUGAUUUUCAAAUAGUUCCGCCACAGUCGUAUUUACGACCAGCUUCAGUCUGUCAUUGCUCGGUGCAUUUUUGGUGUCAAAAUCAGGCCAUUUUGUCCAAUCGUGAUCGUGUAAACUCAGUUAAGCAAUGAGUAGCAAACAGGAACAGCGCAAGUGACCCUUGUCGGAAUAUUGCCUGUCAGGGUGUUGGUUUUUGUAUGUGAUUGGAUAGGGAUUUGAAUAGCGAAUGAAAUGAACAAGUUUAGUCUUAGCUGUCCAAUAUUUUGACGUUCUUUCAAACGAGGUUAGUCGGUCAUUUUAAAGAUAUCUGCAAAACGGUCACGUCACAAUAGGCAUGCUCCCUACAUAUUCAUAGAUGCUUUAGCAAAAGCAGUCCAUUGGAAAGGAUUUCUGAAUCAAGAGCAUGCUUCAAACAAAUAUUGUUAGUCUUCACUUUUUUUUUUAGAUUAAAGCGUGUUUGUAAUCAGUACUGACUUAACUUAAAAGUGACACACUUUUUCUUCAACUUUGUAUUCUUCUUCAAUGUAUGGAAACUCCUGUACUUUCCUGCUUGAUAAAAUGCAUCGAAAAGUGCAUACUUUUUAAACAUUUAACAUAAGCCAAGCUAUCCCGGACAACUGAGGGCGCUGUUUGCUGUGAAGUUAUAUAGGGAAGAAAAGGUUCAAUGCGAAGGUGUUUCUGUUCAAAUUGUGAAUUCAGAAUUUACGAACUGACAACAUUUCUGAGAUGGGGUUGAUACUUUCUUAUUGCUAUGCACAUAAACAUCAGUGAAUGAACAAAAAUGAGAAAAACAAGUCCAGGAAAGGCAUCUACAAAA